AUGUUUGAUCCACUCGGAUGGAUUACGCCUAUCACAGUUACCGCAAAGCUGUUCAUGCAAGAACUGUGGGCCAUACGUCUCGACUGGGACGACGAACUCCCGGAAGAUUUAAAGUCACGAUGGACAAGCUACGUCGCUCAACUCACAUGCAUCUCUCGUCUCGCUAUCUCGCGUUGGUUUGGAACAAGUGCUUCGAAUCUCGCCGUGGAAGUGCACGGUUUCGCGGACGCAUCUCAAAGUGCACUCGCCGCGGUCGUUUAUCUCCGCGUUCUCAGUGACAUCGACGACGCUCAAAUAAAACUCAUUUGCUCAAAGACUAAAGUUGCCCCUCUCAAACGAAUGACUAUACCGCGUCUCGAACUCUCAGCCGCAGUGCUGCUCGUGCGUCAAGUUCUCAAAAUUCGCGAAGUGCUUGAACUACAAACCGCGCCAACCCAUCUCUGGACCGAUUCGACGGUCGCUCUUACGUGGAUCAAAAGUCAUCCAUCCCGGUGGAAAGACUUCGUACGGAAUCGUGUCUCCUUUAUUCAAGAGCUCUCAAACUCUAGAUGGCAUCACGUCUCCGGGAAGGAGAAUCCCGCUGAUCUAGCAUCACAAGGCGUGACUCCUCAACGUCUUCAACAAAACGAACUCUGGUGGACCGGUCCUCAUUGGUUACAUACGCAUUCGACAUCUUGGCCGUCUUCAAUUCCGAUUCUCGAGUCUACGGACAACCUUGAAGAACGGCCUCCGCAGUGUACAACUGCAUUGGAAAAUCAUGAACAUAAACUUUCGAUGCUCGAUCGAUACUCAUCGCUGACGACCCUCAUCAGAACUACCGCCUGGGUCAAGCGUGCUCUUCAACUCUUUCGGAAAUCUGUCGCAUCACGCUCAUCUCACGAGCCUCUCACCGUCGAAGAGUUAGAAUCAGCGCUAAUGCUGUGGGUUAAACUCACGCAGCAAAUGUACUUCUCAUCCGAAAUCAAAACCUUGAAGAGCCAACGAUCACUCUCAACCUCGAGCUCUCUCUAUCGUCUAACGCCAUUCCUCGACAGCGAAGGACUUUUGCGUUUACGCGGACGUUUAUUCCGGUCACAACUAGAUCCAGAAGAAAAACAUCCUCUGAUCUUACCUCGAAAAUGUCGCUUAUCCAUUCUCGUGAUGGAUUAUCAUCAUUGA